CUAAAAAUCCAAUACCAUAUAACCAGCACCUAUUUAUUGUACAGAUUUCUUUAUUCAGCUCUAUUCACAAGAAUAAUUAAUAAUAAAUAACCCUUGUAUUAUCUUUAUUUUAUAAGUAUUAUUUUUCUAAUUUUUCAACCAAAUAAUAAUCAUGAAAGGCAACGAUGAAGAUCAUCUCCAUCUUCAUCCUCAGCAAAACCACCGCCACCAGCAGCUUCCAUUUUACCAGAGAAGAUUCUGGAAGCUUUCUGGAAACUACCUACGUAACCAGAAACAUACGGCGUACGUUAUCUUACUUCUCUUAACAUACGCCUUUGGAUACUUUACUUCCUCCAAACAAAUCUGUUGUACUACGCCUGCUGUUUCAGAUUCCGUUAAAACCGUUAACGUUUUCCCGCCAGCCACGUCAUCAACGGUUCUUGAGUUAAGCAACAACUACCAUAACCGAUUCGGGUCCAAGUGUGCUAACCCGAUACCACCUGAAUUAACCCGGUUUAUGAUAUUGGAUCGGGUUUUUAACGGAACUUCACCGUACGAGAGUUUCCCGCCGGCUCACGUGACCCACUUACUUCGACCGGUAAGAGUCAAAGGAUGGGGAUCAUACGGCGCCGUUUUUGAGAAUCUUAUCCGGAAAGUUCGUCCAAGGAUAAUCAUAGAAGUCGGGACAUUCCUAGGCGCGUCAGCAACUCAUAUGGCUGAGUUGACUCGAAAACUCGGUCUUCAAACCCAGAUACUUUGUAUCGAUGAUUUCCGUGGUUGGCCGGGUUUUCGUGGUAAAAUCGAUUAUGUCCCAAUUCAAAACGGCGACGUAAUGCUUCUACCGCAGUUUCUUCAGAAUGUUAUUUACUUUAACUCGACUGAGUCAAUACUUCCGAUUCCAUUCUCAACCGAGUCAACUCUACGAGCUUUGUGCGAGUGGGGAAUAUUUGGGGAUUUAAUAGAAGUGGAUGCGGGUCAUGAUUUUCAAUCUGCUUGGAUGGAUAUAAACUUGGCCCAUAAACUGCUUAGACCCGGUGGGGUCCUAUUUGGACAUGAUUAUUUUAAUAGGUUUGAUAAUAAAGGUGUUAGAAGAGCCGUUGAUUUGUUUGCUAAGAUUCAUGGGUUUAAGGUUAGUGUUGAUGGGCAACAUUGGGUCAUCGAAUAACUCAAUUCGACUCGGUCGAGUUUUGAGUCGGGUUUUUAUCUUUAAUCAUGUUAAGAAUAGUUCUGAGUUCAAGACCCAAUUGAAAUCGUAUCAAAUACAACCCAUCACCAUCCUAUGUCCUUUCAUAGGUUUUAUACAAAUACUAUAGUACAAUGUGUAUGUUAAUACUUAAUAUGUGAUAUAGAAGUGUUAUUCUUCUACAUUAUACAAACAAAUGUAGGGAAUAAAUAAAUGAAUCAAACAAAAAAGAUAUUUUGUUGUUGAAGUUUCACUAUUUAUGAUUUAUUGGAUUUAGCAAGUUUGUCUUUUUGUAUGUUCACAAGUCGAGAGUUGUUGGUGGUUGGAAGGACUUAGGAGAAGUUGAGAAUUGAGAUCAAGUAUUGAUCACAUGAAGAGUAGCUAGUAAAAUUUGAUCCUCUAUUAAAUCAAUUGUUGUAUUCUACUAUAGAAGAAUCACUUCAAAUAUUGCUGAGUUUUUAAGGAAUAAUGGAAUAAUUUUAUUAAGGUCAUGUUCA